GACGAAGCAAGUAAAAUCAUAGAUUAUCUGUCUCCAUCUACGACAGCAUCAAAUUAGGUCUUAUAGGAAAAUUAUUUAUGGAAAAUGGCGACUUUGUCGCUGCCUUCCGCUCUACCAGAGCAGAAUGGAGCAAUGAAGGCACACCACGAGAAUGGCAGUGACCAUGAUACGGUGCUGCCAAAUCUUAUGCAGAAGCUGCAGAUGACCACAAAGCAGAUCAAAGCAUGGUCUCAAACAAGUCAGAAACUCAGACUGGCUAUGUCCAAGUACACAGACCCAGAUCCGGUGGACCCAAAUCGGCUCAAAAAAUGCUUAGACAAGCUGAAGAUGGCCAUCAAAGUUACCUCAGUGCCAGCAAUGAAUGAGAGGCUUGAUGCCAUUGCUAGACAAGUUGGGUUAAAAGCCAACUGGAGCAUAGAUAAUGUGUAUCUCAGUUCAGACUGCUUCUAUGUGGAAGUGCUUUUAGCACCUAAUGGCGGCGUUAAAGAUGUGAUUCUGGUGCAUGGCAUGAAUGGUAAUCUACAGAGUUGUGAGGAGAUGUGUGACGUGUUGAAGAAGAAUGACUUCAAGGAGUUCACGGAGCAUCUCAAAGGAUUAUGUCAGAUGUACCAGCUGGGUGGAGACAGUAAAAUGAAAACGACAGCUUUCAACUGUCUGCAGGCUCUGGAGGUAGAUAUCAAGACUCUCUUUCACAUCAGUGGUAUCAAGUUUGGUGCAUCACAGCAGCAAGGUGGAAGCCCUCUUCUUCACAUCACCAAGGGCUUUGUGGGAUACCUAACACCACGAGUAGGAGGUCAUCUGAUGCGUCUCACCUACUUUGUGUCUCCAUAUGAUCUGCUGGAUGUGGAAAAGAAGCAAACAAAAGAACUCUCCCUGAAAGAACCGUUGCCAAAGGAUUUGGGCUUAUCAGUGACUGUGAGUAUAGAGACAGCAGCUCAGAGGAAGAUUCAGACAGGUCCUACUGUGAUGGUUACAGACAACAAGAUCACCAAUGUAAUGCCAUUAGGCAAUCAAAACAGUAUUACCAUCCCUGCAUCGUUUGUGUUAAAGCUAAGUGAGCCUAUGCCUAUGUCACUCAUCCUUCUCAAACAACUGCAAAAUAUCUCAGGUGUUUCUACACAGUAUGCUGAUCCUACUGCUGCUACUCCUCUCAAUACACUCAUCUGUAAAUUCACUCUAGACCCAGUCACUUUCCUACAGAAUCAGGCCAAAGAAGGUCGCAGUAAUAAAACUAAAAACUACAUUGUGGAACUACCUGAUCAGCAUCAUUCAUACAUCAUCAACGAUGGGACCAAUCCCAACGACCUACGAGACAUGCAAGGUGCUCUGCUCUCUAAGAUCACCUUCACCUUACCUAAUACUGUAGUUAAGAUCAUCGCACUUCUCAGACAGCAGGCUGUCUAUAACACUCUCAUCGCUAGCUGUGUCAGGAGCAAAGAUGGUCAAGAACCUCAUGAGGCUGUGCUAUUUGAAGUGACCCCUUACACCAAUCAGAAGUUAACAGUCACCUUUGAACAUCCAGCCAGGGAAGGAGUUGCAUGUGUCGAGUUGGACUUGACUGACCAAUCUGCAGUCAAAGCCAAACUCCAUAGUGGUCCAAGUGAGGAACCUUUCUGUUCUGAUGACUAUGCAACCAGAGUGCUUCAGAAAUGUCUCUCUAUUCCUAUCACUAUGAGAGCCAUCAUGAAGAAAGCUGAGCAAUGGCUGGAGAUGCAAGAAUCCAAGAAAUCGGUGAGCCUGCCACCAGCCCCGUCCUCUGGUCCAUCAGGAGGUUCCGUCUUUGAUCCUAUGAGUGGUUUACAUCGUCAUACUGGUCUAGGUGGUGGUGGCCAUGGAGGUACUUUCUUUCCCAGUCAUCGCCCGCACCAAUCCUCCUACUCCCACCAACUCCAGUCUCAUAGUAUCCUGAGUGAUCUUACUACCACCAUGUCAGCCAUCUUGCCUCAUGGAGAGGGCUUUGAUAUGCACAGUGAUAGACCAACCAAAGUGGCACAGAAUCCUAUGUUGGCAAGUCUCCUGCAGCAUGCUGCUCUUGCAGUGAGCACAUCAUCUCUAUCCAUUCCACCUCCAUCCUCGUCACCUAUGUCGUCACCACCGCUAGCAUCUGGACCAAAGCCUCACAAGAACCCAAUGCUGAUGAAUCUCCUGCAGGAACACAAUACUCUGACUCCUGUAGCAGCCAUUGCUCAACCUGUUGGCUCGAUGGGAAGGAUGAUUCGCAGGGGGAAGCGUGGGAGGUCAGUCAGUGUGGACAAGUCACCGAAGCGACAGCAGAGUGAAGAGGAACAUGAUUUUGAUGACAUACAUGGCCAUCGCCCUCCUGGGCUUCAUCAUAGACUCUCAGAUACUCAUGGCAAGAUGGCAAGCCAUGCCAUGGACCCACCAAAGGCAAUGCACACAGGGGAGCUCUCAGCUCUCCUAUCAGAGAUUGAGGCCCCAAUCAUACCAGUUGCUAAACCCAAGAGAGGCCGACCAUGUCGAUUAGACAGUACCAGCUCUCAAUCGAGUGUCGGUCCUCGUCAGAGCCCCAAGACUCCAAACACUCCUACAGUUCCAACAACACCUACUUUUGCCCCUCCCAAGACAAUGUCUCACAGUACUUUGAGUACACCAGAGCACCCAUCUAUGGAUGAUGUACCUGUUGGGAUGAAGGUUGAUCCAUUGCACUCUAGAACAAGCAUGGACUCUGACAUAUUUUCACAAAAUUCGAAGAACAUAUUUUCUGAAGAUUUGUUGCCAGACCCUCCAAGAUCAAAUAUUUCCCCAGAGAUGCACAGACAAGCCAGCUUCAGAUCUCAGUAUGGUUCUCUUGACAUCAAUGACGAUGCAGCAGGCUUUGACAAUGACGAUGACUUUGGAGGAUUACCAAGCGUUAGUUCAGCUAUAGCUCGUAUGGGCAUUCCAACAGGCUCUGAGUUUGAUGUCCAGCAUCGAACCACUACAGACUUGCCUCAUCCAGUUUCUCUUUCAACUUUGAUGUCAGGACCACUUUCUACAGCCAUGCAAGCUGGGCUUGAAACUAGGACAGACAUGAAAAUGGGUGUAGGAGCUCUAGAUCUUACUGUUGCUAACCUUGCAAAGAGCAUGAGUAUCCCGGCUAUCCCUACAACACAAAGAGGGCGACCUGGGCCUAAUAUGCAAGGUGUUACCAACCUAUCCCAGUCAUUGCCAGCAGCUCGCCCUAGAAUCCCAGUCUCUAAAGGCAAACCUAAGAAUUUCAUUGAGUCUAGUCUUGCCUUUCAAACUGAAAAACCAAAACCAUCCAAGAAACGUGGACGCAAACCAGUGAAGGACUCUGGAGGAUUCUCUGAUUCGGAGGCUCCCAAGACCAAAAAGCUGAGGAAACCAGGUAGACUCAAGAAAGAAAGAAGGCUGCCAGAGUACAGCAGCGAGUCAUCUCCAGAACCAUGCCAGGAUGUUGCACGGUAUUCCAGCAUAACAAUGGCUGUCAACGAAGAGGAACCACUGAAAAUGACAUUUAAAACCAUUCGCCACAAGCCAGACAGAGACCAAAAAUUGAAGGGAAAAGAUCCAGGUCCUGCUCCCAAGAUUAAGAUCAGAUCUAUGACCAGUGGAGAUUCUGCUACCCCAUCUCCCAAUCCUGUUGUGAGGGAAAUCAAAGAAGAGAAACCUCAUAUGAAGCCAGAACAUAAGGUUGAACAACCUGAGAAAGUCGAGACCACUGUUCAGUCUGUCAGGACAGAAUCACCCGUUAUGAAAUCUGUUAAGACAGAAUCACCUGUUAUGAAAUUUGAUAACCCCAAGGAAACCAAGGUUAUGAGAAACGAGAGUUUGCCAAAACUUCAGAAAGAACUUUCAACGGGCCACAGAUCUGAAGAGCAGACUAACAGAGGAACAUCUCAAGAGCUACCUAAAGGAAGCCAUGACAUUACUGGUUUCAAAUCAGAACACUUGGGUGUCAAAUCUACUGGAAUCACUAAAAUAACUGCUAUAACACAUAUGCCAAAGGUAAAGAAUGAGCAGAUGAAGAAAAGUAGACCGAUUGAAAGUAGUCAGAGACCAAGCCCUGUUUCAAAGUCACCCAUAGCUGAUUUCUUUCCAAAGAAGAGCUUGGCAAACUUGCCUCGCAUUCCAAAGAUCAGUAAGCAAACAUCAGAGGGUAAGCAGUUGCUAACCCCCAAGACUCCCACUAUUUCGAAGCCUGCUGGCAGUCCUUCACCAUCAACUAAAAGUUUAAUGGGUUCUUCUCCAAAGAAAUCCAGCUGGGGUAAAGGAGACCCCUCAAAAGUGGGAUCUACCAAGAAGUUGGUAACUGCACAGCGUUUCAGCUCAGUUAGUCCAACAGGAAGAAAGCCAGAUGGUAUGAGACCAGGGAAACCAUUUUCCAGUGGUAACAAAUCUCCAUUGACAGUAGGCCAGGGCAACCGAAAACCGGGAUUGAAUAUUAUAUCAAAGUCAUUGUCCACUCCAACACAAAGCCCCAAUUCUUCCAAGGCAAGUGCAGGACUCAUUCAUGCUCCCAAUAAGAAUGUAUCAAGUCCAACGACUGGAGUUUCAAAGGCAAUAAGCUCACAAGUAAGGCCAUCUGGUACAGUGAGUCCUGUACCCAAAACUCUAGCUGGGAUUACAUCAAAAGCUCAGACAACUCCAAUAUCAUUAUCAGCACCAAGCAAAUUAGCAAGCAGUCAAGCUGUCCCUGUCAGCUCCUCUAUAAAGACUUCCUCAGUUGUACCGAGUACUACAACUUCUUCAAGUGGCACAAGCUCAGGUUCAAGUACAAAAGCCAUUUCAAGUUCUCCUGUCUCUAUGGCUCGAUUAGUACCUGUAGCUAGCACAAGUUCAACAUCAUCCUCAAGCUCAGUUCGAUCAGUAUCUGUAGCUAACGCAAGUUCAACAUCAUCCUCAAGCUCAACUACAGCUACUACUUCAGUUCCAACUACACCCUCCAUUACCACAACCACCUCAAUUACAUCAUGUGCUACUGGAAGUGCUUUACCUGUUUCCAAGUCAGUGACACCCCCACCAGUGAACCUGGUUCCUUCAUCAAAGUCAUACCCUGCUAUAACAGGGAUUAAGACAGUUUCUAAUAGACCACCACCUCUUGUGAUUCCUACAAAUAUCAAGGUGCCGGCUCCAUCUGUAACAUCGCCACCAACACCAUCAUCUGUUGGCACACCCACCAGUGCUGGACCAAACUCAGCAAAGCUGACAACACCUAAGCCUGGUAUGCGUGCUAACCGGAAAUGCUCCCUCAUGGGCAUCAUCGAUAAGAUAAAGGAGAAAAACGAAAAGGUUGAUAAGACUGAUAAAGUCGAGAAGGUUGAAAAGAGUGAAAAGACUGAAAGAAAAGGCCUCUUUAGUGCACUUGGAUCCGGAACGCCAGGAGUAACAGAAUCAGGAAAUGAUGAUGAGAAGGCGAUAGAUGCCACAGAGAAGGAGGCUAAAGAGACUGUUCCCACAGACGAGAGUGGAGCAGAGAAACCUCAAAUGUCUAAAGAAAAUAAACCUGUUGCCAGUUCUAAGGCAGAUGAUUACCCAACCAAGGAGAGCAAGUCCAUGACAAUGCCUCCUACAAAAUCGGACACUACCAAGACACCAGUCCCUAAGGUAUCUUCUGCUAGCAGUCAAUUACCUGCUCGCCAACCAUCACCAUCACUAAGCACUAAACCAAGUGGAUUGACCUCCUCUCCAUCUAGCCAAGGACCCAGUUCAGUCAAGGGCAAAUCAUCUCCUAAGCAUCCUUCUCAGUCUCGUCCCCCUAAAGUCAGCACCCCACCCUUGACAGGCUCUCAAAAGAGAUCAAGCAGUCCAACAGGAAAGAGUAUAUCCAUCAAACAAAGCAAGCCUUCACCAUUAACCAGCAGUAGCUCAUCAACUCCAACAUCCAUGAGUAGCCCUGUGAAGGCAAGGCCUGGGUCAUCCCCAAUGCAACGGACAAGACCAAUCAUUCUCAGCCACUCCUUGUCAACUUAUCAAUCCCCAGAGAAGGGUCAGCAAAAAGUUACCAAAGUACAACUUGCCAUGCAGCCAGACCUCAUGCCACAUUCUACUCUUCCUGGGCAAGGAACCUCUGCAUCAAAUGUUAGUAAAGGGCAGACUGGUUCAUCUCAAGUAUGUGUGCCUUCUCCAUCUAUCAAACCUCAGGCGGUAUCGAUUAACAAACCAACACAAGACCCUACCAAGAAAUCAACAACUGUAACACCAAAACCAACAGAUACAACAAAGUCUGAUAUCAAACUGGUCACUACUACUCCUAAGCCAGUUAAAGUAGAUCAAAGUGCAAUCAUGAAGCCUAAACCAAACAAUGGGAAAGAACCUAGCUCACAAUCACAACAGAACAGUCAACGAUCUGAUGCCAAAGGAUCUUCUGACAAUGGAAGUUCUAAGAUGCCAUCCAUGAGUUCAAAGAAACCUGACUCCAAACCAACAGAUCCAAGGGCAAGAAAGGACUCCCUGGGGUCAAGUAAAGACAAAGAUGGUGAAACUUCAAAGUCACCCAAACCUGCUGUUGUGAGAUCAGUAUCCAAAGAAUCAAAAAUUUCAUUCGGUAGUGGAAGCCAAGAUGGGAAGACAUCAACGAAACCUGAACUGAAGCAGACUACCGAGUCAGCUCAAAAGGUGAAGGUGAUUCCUCCACUAGUUAAAUCUGUUUCCCAGGGUGAUAAAGAGAAAUUGAAGGGUGAUGAAUUCAGAAAGUCUGAAUCUAAGAACAUUGUACCAGAGAUAAAGGGAAUAGACAAACAAGAAGUUUCUGAAGAAAUCAAUAAGAUAUCUACAUCUGCAAAACCUCAAGGAAUUGACUUCAAGGUGCCAAGCCCAGCCAUGGUACCAAGUCCUAAGACCUCGGCAGUGAGCCCCAGGCCUUUGAUAAAACCAGUCGGCUCUCCCAAACCAGUUGUUGCUUACUCACCAAAAGCACCAAGUCCACAUUCAUCUGCCAGUGGUGUUCCUAGCCCAGGAAGUGCUUUAAGUCCUAAGGCCCCAACCAAGAGAUCAGCAACACCAGUAGGUAACCAGCCCCCACCGCCAAAGAAACAGUGUACCAUUUCAACCCCCUACAGCCCAGUGGAAAGUGAUGAUGAUUUUGGCAUGAUCAUCGACAUGCCUCAGUCUCCCAGAAGCAUUUCGCAGCAGAAGUCUCAGAGGUCACCUCGGCCAGAUAGCAGGAACAGUAAUACCCAGACCGAGGGUGGAUCCACAUCACCAAGGAGUGCUGUGGCCCACUCCCCUCUAGGACAGCUUGCACAGUCACCUCUGGGAAUAGGCAAGUCUCCUGCUUCAGUCAAGAGUAUUGCUAGCUCAGAUAGUAUCAGCAGGAGUCCUUGUAAGAUAGAUGAUGAUCUGAUGGAUGAAGCUCUUACCAGUUGCAUCCAGACAGAAGAUGUUUAGAAUCCUAUCACUCUAACAAACAUGUCCAGCUUUACCACAAGUUUGAGGAGAUCAUGCUCUAUCAAUAUUUUGAUAGUUGCUUUUGUAAUCAUUGCCCAUUUUUAUUUUGGAAGAAGUAAGAUUAAAACCAGAAUUAUUAAGAGUAAAAUGAUUUGAAAUUUCAAUUCAAAAGUGCUUAAUAAAAAAUAUCCUUUUGAAAACCUGUCUUAGAUAUUGGAGAAAGAUAAAGUAAUUUGAAAUACUGGAAAAACAACAAUUGAUGGAAUUUAUGAUUUACCGGUAAACUGAAAUAAUGAGCACUGUACAGGGGGUUACAGAGAGAUUUUUCUUUUUCUGAUGUUGUACAGUUUUUUAAUUUCUGAUUGACAUUACCCAUAGUUUCAAUGUCAAUAAGAAAUUUGAAAUAUGUCAGAUUUUGACAAAUCUAUCAAGGUAACUUUGAGCAACUCUUUGAUUUUUAUUAGGAGAAAAAUUAUUUCCUUAAUGGUUUAUUUGUAUUAUUUUGUAAUUAUUCAUCAAUUCAAAUUUUGAUUUUGCAUCAGUACCAUAGUGCAGAUAUAGGGUAUUUUUUCUAGCACCCCUUUUAACAGUGUCUUUUUUAAAACAUUCUGCCUCAUCAUGUGAUCUAAACUAUAUUCAUGUAAAGGUUAUUGCACAUCUUAUUUACUCUGCAGUCUGCAUUAAUCUUUAUGACUAGUCUUUUGAAACAUUUUGCUCCACUGGUAAGCAUUUUGAUGUUCUUGAAAAUUGAAAAAUAGAUCUCUCAACAGUUGGGCUCGAUAAGCACAGGUAUGCACCAAAUUCAAGGCUUUUGACUUUGUUUUGCUUGACAAGCAGCAGUGGCUAUUGAUAAAUGUUCAUACACCUGUACAUGUAUAUUGUAAGUCAUAUAUAAAACUCAGGAUUUAUGUUGUGAAAUGCAUUCAGUGGACACUAUUGUGAUUGUUAGACUAUCUUACAAUUACUGCAAGUCAACAGACGAGGCGGUGAGACGUGAUCUAGAUUCAACCAUUUAAUACCACACAGCCCAGUCUCGUAUCUGGUGAAGUGUAGUCUUAUUUCAAGCAGUUACAAUAAUGCACAUUAUACUACAGACGCAGGUGCUCGUCCUCAUUAAAAGUCGCAUUCAGUCAUGACAUGAUUAACCACCUAAACAAAUACAGCAGCAGCUGAAAUUUACAUGUAAUGGCCAGAGUGAAAAUGGCUCCAGUACAUACUCCCGAUCAACAUGUAUGUGUUUUUAGAUACAGUAGUAUGAGCGGUGUAUGUGUGCCACAUUUGACUGUGCCCAAGCAGUUCUUUUCUGGGGUUUACAGACAGCCUUGUUUUAGUAGACAUUUCAAAGUACAUGUACGUUGAGAUUGAGACUGGUACAUUUUUUUUCUAUACAAGUUUUUGUUUUAUUUGUAAGGCUGGUAGUUUUUAGGAUUGAUAAUUAGACUUGAGUUGUUCUUCACACCUCUUGUAUGAUCUUGUCUUGGGUAUGGGACAUUUUUUGUCACUUUUUAUAUAAAUUUUAUUUUAUGGUGCAAGUUCAACUGACUGGCUAAGGACAGCCAUGUAUUAAAAUAGCUGUUAGAAGCAGAGUAGAUGAUUAUAGCAGCUUACUAUUUCUAGGUCUUAUCUUUUUGAUAGACAAAGAUAAUACAGCCCUUAUUGUUCAUUGGAAGAUAACAGAAUCUAAAAAUCAACUCUUUCUUUGCGGUAUAUGCAAAUCAUCAGGACUUAGCAUAUGUGCUGCUAUUCGACAAGCUUUUUUUCCAAUUAAUGGUACACUGUAUAAACGUGGACCCAGCAUUACUCUAGCCUGCAGCUUGUGUGUACUGUAGAUGCUAAAAUAAAAACACUGUACUUUUAGGAGAAUUUUGAGUUCCUUGUAUAUGUUUGAAAAUAAUAUUCAUAUCACCUGGCGUAAGAUUGGGUUGUUAACAUAUGAUACAUCUUUUUGACAAUUGUAAUCAAAUGAACCAUACUUCUUUGUUUCAAUGUUAAUGAGUACAUGUAUUUAUAUAGAUGUGUUAAUAUGAUAGAUAGCUUCAACAUUUUGUAUAUCUGUAAAGUGUGCAUGCAUGUCACGAGACGAAGAGGUCAAACUUUAAUUGGAUAAAUGAAAGGUUGACAUGCGUAAUAUUAUUAAUAAUGAUCUAGUUAAAUCUUUUGUUAACAUCACAUUGAAAACAAUAGUUGUUGUUCUCUCUAGGUCUCAGUAGUGAGCCUUGGAGCAAAGAAUUUAUUCUUUGGUUUAGGGAACCAGCUUAUGGAGAAAGGCAAUAGAAAAAGAACUGAAGAAUGGUAUAAGAUACAUGUACAUUUAUAGGAGUAUAGGUUAUACAUUUAGCAAGGAGUCAUUAAUCAUGAGAUAUAAGCAACAUUGUAACACAUACCGUUAAUUAUUGUGUUGUUGUCAAUGUACAAAUUAUCAUGAUUUGCAUGCUAAUAUUAUACGAAUAUACAGCAAGAAUAAAGUGUGGACAAAA